GUGAGGUAUUGCAUCUACUCUACCUAUCUACUGUCCUACUGUUGAUGUCUCUCGGCCGUCAAACCCUCGCCUGCUCGGUAAAUUGAAAGUUACUGUGUGGUGCAAAAGUACGUAAGCCGCGGGUAUGAUGGAACAUUCUUUGGUGGGGACCGGGGCAUUCUUCGGCCGGGAUCCAGCCCCGAAGACGUUACGUGAUGGGUUCCAGAACAUACCGUGAGACCAGAUGCAUACACCGGCCAUACGGGACUAGUACUUUUGAAAGGUAUGGUAUGGUCCCGGCAGUCGGCAUCCGCCCUUACCGCCUGAAACCUACCAGCCUUUUUCGGGACAAAGCGUUCCAUUACCGUCUUAACUUCCGUUUCUUAUCGCUUUCCACGACUGGCGUUGAGAUCAUUACUACCUUAUGCUUUUUGCCUUCUUCUUCAUUCAUUUUUGGCUCACUGUCUUUCUCUCUCUCUCUCUCUCCGUCUCCCCCCGACUCUCUCUCUGACAACACUUGCACUUUUACACACACACACACACACACACCACACUCUCUUCCUCUCCCUACUUCUUAUUCUCUUCUUAUACUCUCAUCGAUCAGCCUAUUCUUCAUCUCUCUUUCUCCUCUUCUGCCCGUCUUUUCCCACCUCUCUUAUCAGUACACCUGCCAGUCGCGUGCCUGCAGACGCACCCGGCCGUUCUUCCGCUUUUGGCUCCCGCUCGAACUGGGGCUCUGCCAACACACCAAAAGUGGUUCUCAUCGCUAGCGGAUACUCUUAUUAUAUAUUCUUCGGCGGAGUCCAUUCUUCCGUCGGGAGAGGUGUCUAUCAGACGCUCUUCUCUCUUUUUCCUUUUGUGUUCUUCUUCCCAU